AUGUACCGAAUCACAAAUAUCUAUGUACUCGCCGCGUUUGGUACCAUUGGCGGUGCCCUAUUUGGGUUCGAUGUGAGUUCAAUGAGUGCCUGGAUUGGUGUCGAUACCUAUACCGAUUACUUUGGGUCACCAGAUUCUAAUCUCCAAGGAGGUAUCACCGCCUCCAUGUCUGCCGGUUCUUUUGCUGGCUCGAUCGCAGCAGGGUGGAUAUCUGACUUCCUCGGUCGUCGCGGAGCGCUCAUGGUUGCCUCGCUUGUUUGGAUAAUUGGCGCCAUCGUUCAAUGUAGCGCACAAAAUGUGACACACUUAGUCGCCGGCCGUGUUGUCAGUGGCCUUGCCGUGGGUGUCACCUCAUCUCAGACUUGCGUUUACUUGUCAGAAUUGGCCCCUGCUCGCAUUCGUGGUCGUAUCGUUGGCAUCCAACAAUGGGCAAUCGAGUGGGGUAUUCUGAUCAUGUAUCUAAUCGCAUAUGGUUGUGCGGUUGGUGUUUCUGGCCCUGCGGCAUUUCGUAUAUGUUGGGGAAUCCAGGCUGUCCCUGGGCUUAUCCUCUUCAUUGCAUUGUUUUUCUUUCCCGAGUCGCCCCGUUGGCUGGCUGGGAAGGAACGCUGGGAAGAGGCCCUGGAAACCCUAGCCAUACUUCACGGCAAUGGAAAUAGCAAUGACCCUGUUGUGCAGAUUGAAUUUGAGGAGGUGCAACAGGCUGCUCGGGUUGCUCACGAGGCAAAGGAUGUUUCAUUCUUGGCCCUAUUUGGCCCUCGUAUCUGGAAGCGAACUAUGUGUGGUAUGAGCGUGCAGAUGUGGCAGCAAUUACUUGGAGGAAAUGUUGCCAUGUAUUACGUUGUCUAUAUCUUCGAAAUGGCUGGCAUGACUGGAAAUACCACCUUAUGGUCAUCUGCGAUUCAAUAUGUCAUUUUUUUAGUCACGACUGGUCUCAUGCUUCCCUUCAUCGAUCGCGUCGGUCGACGAAUUCUACUCCUUAUCGGGUCAAUAACUUGCAUGAUUGUUCAUUUCGUGAUUGCCGGUGUAAUGGCGGGCAAAGGUCACCCUGUCAAUGAGGUCAAUGGUAAUGCCAAUCUGACAUGGGAAAUCAAGGGGCGAGCUGGUAUGGCUGUGAUUGCCUUUUCCUAUAUCUUCACGGCUAUUUACGGCUUUACUUGGGCCCCCGCUGCAUGGAUAUAUGCUUCUGAAGUCUUCCCUCUAAAAUACCGGGCUAAAGGUGUCGGUUUGUCUGCCUCCGCCAAUUGGAUUUUCAACUUUGCACUGGCGUACUUUGUGGCCCCCGCCUUCCAUAAUAUUCAAUGGAAGACGUACAUAAUUUUUGGAGUCUUUUGUUUUGUUAUGACCUUUCACGUCUUUUUCAUGUAUCCGGAGACUGCUGGUCGGUCUCUUGAAGAAAUGGAUAUGGUUUUCGAUACAGGUGUGAAACCAUGGCGGACGAAGCUCAUUGACGACAAGUUUGAAGAUGAGAUUGAAAAGCACAAAGCAGUUGCCGCCGCUUCUGUUGCUAAAGACACCGCUACAGCCCAUGAGGAAGUUGUUUGA